GAGAGAGAGACUACAGUGGUAGGGCAAAGGGAGAGAGGUCCUCCUCUAUGCUGGUCCUCUAAGCUCGGAGCUCUCUCUCUGUGAGGACACUGACUGAACAGCAGCAGUCAACGGCAACGCGUUUUAAUUACAUUAUGACUAAAUUGUUCGGAAAAAAACAAUAUAUAUUGGACCGUAAACAUUGGACUUUAUUUCUUUCUUCUCGACUUUCUCGGACGUCCGGAAUCGUUAUCAGUUGGAGUCCCAGCGGAUAAACCUCAGUCCUUUAAUCUCGCAACUGUGGAUAAUGAAUGAUUAGUGAACUAUUGCGUGAGUUAGUCGGCACAUGUCGGUCCCUGAGGUGUUCCUCGGUAUAGCGACCCGGUCUGCGGAGUCACAUUAACCAGGCUGGUCAGGGAGACCCGCUUACAUCAACGCGUUCACAGGUUAUUUAAUGAGUGGGAACGCGACGUCCCUGGCGUCGCGUCUCAGUGUAUGAUCUCAAGAGGUUUGAAACUUCCAUUUGACUGAUCCAGGCCAACUUGUAUGAAAGGUGAGGACCUCCGCGCGGCGUCUCGCGGCUAUGUUGUCCUGCACGCGCUCAGCAGCUAGAGCUGGGGUCCAAGCGCUCGAGCACGGGCCAUGGAUCAGACCGACCACCUGAAGACCCAAUCACACUACUGAGGCCGUACUCCUGUGAACCUCGGCGGACCUGUUCGACCUGCUCUGACGAACACGGGCCCCAUUGGACGUCCUGCCCCGGCCUCAUGCUGCUCCUGGCGACCUCCCUGCUCCUCCUGCUGCUGGGGCCCCCGGGGGCCCGCGGCGGCGAGACGCCCCGGCCGCUGCAGAACGUCACCCUGGCCAUCAUCCUGCCCCAGAACAACACGGCCUACCCCUGGGCCUGGCCCCGCAUCGGCCCCGCCGUGGAGCGCGCCGUGCGGGCGGUCAACGCCGACCCCUCCCUGCUGCCGCACCACCACCUGCAGUACUUCUUCAGGGGCAGCCAGAACGGCGACGGCGUCUGCUCCGAGACCAUGGCGCCGCUCAUGGCCGUGGACCUCAAGAUGCUGCACGACCCCUGGGCCUUCAUCGGGCCGGGCUGCUCCUACACCGCCUCCCCCGUGGGCCUGUUCACCGCCCACUGGGACGUCCCCCUGGUGACGGCCGGCGCUCCCGCCGUCAGCUUCAACAAGAGCAUCUACCAUUCGGUCACCAACACGGGCCCCACGCACAAGAAGCUGGGCCGCUUCGCGCUGCGCGUCUGCGAGCGCUUCAAGUGGCUGGAGCAGGUGCUGCUGCUGUUCCACGACCAGAAGGUGGACGACCGGCCGUGCUACUUCGCCAUGGAGGGGAUCUUCGAGGAGCUGGGGAAGGCCAACAUCACCAGGGUGGACCGCGUGUUCAACGAGAAGCUGCUGCCCGUCAACUACUCGGACAUCAUCCCGGACAUCCAGCAGACCGGGAGGGUGGUGUUCUCCUGCUGCUCCCCGGAUGUCUUCAGGCAGAUGAUGGUGCGUGUCCACCAGGCGGGGCUGCCCGCCAACGAGUACGUCUUCCUUUACAUCGACGUGUUCGGAGACAGCCUGAAGAACCACAGCAAGCCCUGGGCUCGCGGUGACCCCGACGACCUCGUCGCCAAGGAGGCCUACCAGAACGUGAAGAUCCUGACCUACAGAGAACCGCAGAAUAAAGAGUACCAGGACUUCGUGAGCCACCUGAAGACCGACGCCCUCAAGAACUUCAACUUCACCAUAGACGACUCCCUG